CAAGCACGAGCAGAUUUUAAAUCCAACUACUUGCUUUACUCAAACAUACUUUUGCUCAACACUCCCGCUCUACUUUUCGCAAGAAUUAUUAUACGUCGAAGUAGUUUUCAAUUUCGUCUUUAGAAGGAGCCCAAGUACAAGGAACUAGACCCUGCGCGGGUGUUGAAAAAUGGCGCAGCUGCACCUCCAGCAGAAAAAUCUUGCAACCUUUCGGGCCACCCAACGUGGUCGCCGCGCCCGCGCCGGCACCAAGAUGUUGACCAAAAAUCUGCCAGCAGGGGCGAGUCGGCUGGGAAGGAUGGCCAAGUUGGGCGUGCUGUCGUGCGCGCCGCAGUUUUCGUCGCAAUCGUUUUUCGCUGUCGCACUGCAGAUCAAGGUGAACAACAAACAAGAACACAAAACCGGCCAGGCAAGAGCUUCGUCUACAACUUCUCGAGCAGGAAAGAAACAAAAGCUGCAGACUGGUGCUGCCCUGCAACUACAACGGCAAGAAGAACUUCUACGGGACAAAAAAGUACUAUCGAAUGCAAAUAUGUCUGGGUCCUCUGGAAGAGUCAGAGUUUGUCAUGCUACGUCUGGACGAUACUUACAAAAAUCUGUAUUGCGCAAGCAGCACAAGCCGUCCACUUUUGGGCACCCGAAGAUGACGUUUCUCAUGCAGAAUACGCAUUGGAACUGGAAGGCCUUCUCAAUAAUACUUGUGAUGCUACAGCUCGCAUUCCAGACCUUCUGUGCCAUGCGAGACCUCCAUGACAGAUCUUGUAAGCUUCCAGCCCCAGACAUAUUUGCCCUUGAUAACUACUGAUUGGUAGCAACAGUACUUCUUCUACAUCAACCGGUAGCAGCACUGCUGGAUAUUGCGAGGAAAAACCCCCCCUCCCCAUAUUGAAAGCGCAUCCGUCUGAAAAUUUGCGAUGCAGAUUUGUGACCACAAAUCCUGUCUGUCUUGAGAGAGGGCAAGCCCAGAGCGUCCGCCACAUUAUGCAGGCGGUUUGUGAUGCUGCUCGGCGUACAGCGAAGACUUUUUUCAUGCUCGGCGCCUAUGCCAAAACCCCUCAGCUCAGGCUUGCCAUAUGCCUGCAGUCCUCUACUGCAAGACAAAUCCCAUUUGUGUGCGGAAAUCCAGCGUCAGAGACUUCGUUUCGAUAUGGGGAGGGGGCAUUUUUCCUUUUGAUACUGGACCGACUUACGACCCUUCGGAGCAAGAUGCGGACGGUGCUGGGGGGCAGGAGCUAUCCUGAGUAAAAACAUCCCCACACCAGAGUCAAGAUGGGGAUUUUGCAACACAAACCUAGAACUUUUGGGGGUCACGCAUCACAAGUUGCAGUCCGUAGUGUAGUGCAGGUUCGCAAGGCCAGCUGCAUCAGAAAUCCAUCUGCUCAUCCUGUUUACAGCAUUANCAUCACAAGUUGCAGUCCGUAGUGUAGUGCAGGUUCGCAAGGCCAGCUGCAUCAGAAAUCCAUCUGCUCAUCCUGUUUACAGCAUUACAAAUUCCAAAACACGACUAAAAAUGCCUCUCCUGGCGAUGCGCAUUACAAAUGUUCCUGUCAUUGCAAAUCUGCAUGACAACUCUGGUGUGGGUACGUUUUUACAAAUGAUAGGAGCUGCCCGUGAUUCAGGAAAGCUACUGGAUUCCACUCGGGAAAGAGCGCGAGGCCGCGAUGAAGAACGGGUUCGCUGGCGACGGCGACGGGAGCGACUCUCUCCCCGGGUGUUGCGGCGAGGAGGGAAGUAUUGAUUCGGGCGAAGAAGAAGAGGACAGCGCGGUCCGACCGGAAGAAGCUGCUCCGGUGAGCCACCAUGUAUUGUCGAUGGGGCCAGCAGACGAUCUAAGAACGCCGGAUGGUUAUGCGAAAUUCGCCUUCAGGGGUUUCGAAUUUGAAGGUGCGAACUGCAUUCUUCACAGAACAUUGAUGAAGAAGGACGAUGACGGACGCAAGUUCUUUCAUCGUUGUCGGGGUGAGCCGACCCUGAAGCUUCGGAAGAAGCAGGACAAAGCGGUGGAAGAAGGAGUUUCGCCGAGCAAGACAGGGUAUUCAUCGCAAUUAUGUUUGGGUCUGGAAGAUCUCUAGAUUUGUCAUGCAUAUCUGGCAUGAUUCAAGUUCAACACUCUGUGAUCAUGCAGGGGCAUGAAGAGGUCCGCUUACUUGAUGUCAUGCAAAAACGCAGUUUGCCAAAUGCGGAAAACGCAACAUCACAUAGCAGCCCAACAAUUUGCCAUGCUUGGCUGUGUAUUGCAGUACGCCUCUUCUUAUUCACCUUUAGUACUAGCCAGGGGAAAGGAAUCUGUAUCCCGAAGCGAAAUCGAGAGCACCGGGGGGGAGAAAGCAGAACUAGAAGGGGCGGGCCCUGAGUCGGGUUCUGAGUGGAUUUGAUUGACGGCGAACGUUGACACUUAGGCAAAAAGGCGCGCGAUCUGGGUAGCAUUUAAGUCGGGGGCGGGUUUCUUGUUGGCAAUGUUUUUUGACGCGAGUUGUGAUGAAAUUUGCGGAGCGAGGGAUUUUUUUUUGGUGGAUCGCUCGCGGUUGAAGAUCGUGGCCCGCUGCACAUUUUGCGCGGGGGAAGCUGCAGAACGGUGGCGCGUGUGAUUUAACGCCCUGACCUUGCUGGGAUUCGAAGCGGGAGAGCGUCCGCGGUGGCUCCCUCACUAUGUGCGAACAGAGUCCGGGGGCUGUUCCCCACCGUUUCGGCUUUUUUCCUGCGGCGGCUAUUUCUCGAUAUGCGAACAGAGUCCGAGGGCUGUGCUCCUACCGUUUUCGGUUAUUUUCCUGCGGCCGGUGGCUAUUUCUCUGUCACAGAACUGGCGCCGGGAAACCGGGGAAGCGGGAGGGCGUCCGCGGCGGCUCCUUCUCUAUGUGCGAGCAGAGCCCGAAGGAUGUGUCCCUGCCGUUUUCGGCUUUUUUUCCUGCGGUGGCUUUUUCGCUACGUGCGAACAGAGUCCGAGGGCCUUUUCCCUGGCGUUUCCGCUUUUUUGCCUGCGGUGGCUAUUUCUCUAUCAUGGAACUGCUUUGAGGCCGGAGGGGCAGGAGGGUGUCCGCGGCGGCUCCUUCUGUAUGUGCGAACAGAUUCUGAGGGCUUUGUCCCUACCGUUUUCGGUUUUUUGCCUGCGGCGGCCAUUUCUCUAUGUGCGAACAGAUUCCGCGGACUGUCCCCCUACCGUAUUCGGCUUUUUCGUUUCUGCGGUGGCUACUUCUCUAGCGCAGAACUGCCGGGGCGGCGUGGCGUCCGCGGCGGCUCCUUCUCUAUGUGCGAACAGGGUCCGAGGGUUGUGCCCCUGCCGUUUUCGGCUUUUCCUGUGGUGGCUGUUUCUCUACGUGCGAACAGAGUCCGAGGGCUGUUUCCCUGGCGCUUUGUUUCGGUUUUUUCCUGCGGCGGCUAUUUCUCCAUCAUAGAACUGCUUGGAGGCCGGGGGGGGCGGGAGGUUCGUUGUCCGCGGCGGCUCCUUCUCUAUGUGCGAACAGAUUCUGAGGACUGUGUUCCCACCGUUUUCGGUUUUUUUCCUGCGUUGGUUAUGUCUCUACGCGGAACAGAUUCCGAGGGCCUCCCCCUACCGUAUUCGGCUUUUCGCUGUCCGUCAUUUCCACCGGUUUCACCGGAUCCCCCGCGGUGCGGAUUUCUUCUAAAAGACCACAGCGGGGCGGAGCGGGCUUGGUCGGCUUGUUCGCUUCUUCUAAAGCCCCGCCAACCUUGUCAAAGUAUGUACUCAGGCGUGGCGCUGAGCACUUCGGUCAGCGCCCCCAGCUUCCUCUGCACCGCAGUGAAGUGCGUGCGGCGCAGCACCAAGUUGCGCGGCUUUUCCGCGGCGGCCUUUCCUUUCGCCGGUUUAGGCACGUAAGGACGUGCCGCCGGGGGUUUCUGCCCCUUUACCCCUUUCAAGUCCGCCGGCUUGGGUGCCGCGGACCUUCUUGGGGUGGGUUUUUUCUGCUGGGGCGCCGUCUUGCGCACUUUCGUAGGCGGCGAGCUGCUGCCGUCCGAGCGUGAGCGGCUGCUCGAUCCUCGCGCUGGCAUGUUUGCUACGUUGCAAAAAGGGUGGCGAAGUGUUUGCAGGGUGCGAGGGGUGGGCUAUUAUAUGGGGCGCGCCCGCUAUGUCCUAAAACUAUUCGAGUUGCAACAGAACAGCUCGCGGAAAGUCGGUCUUCAUCUUGGUGCCUGUUUCAGCUAGCCAGACAGUGGGGGCCUGGGUGUGUCGAUGAAAUUCGAGAUGCGGCCGCUCUGCUCUCUGCCAAAUAUAUUUUCGGAGCUCUAGCGGGUGGCCCUGAGCCUGAUAUGGAGCGGCAUUCAGCGCGGCAGGUCGUGCUUUGCCGAUCUUAUUUUUCCGCAGGUGUGGGCCGUUUUGUGGCUCUUUGCUCGUGCGUUUACUUUGAGAACUUUGUGCGUUUGAUGAUCAUGGCGCGCGUCAUAUUUUCCGCGGUGGGACUUUCUUGGGCGCUGCGUUGGGGCUGUUGCCUAGAAAGAACGGGAGGGCGUUUGCGCCGCCUCCUUCUCUAUGUGCGAACAGAUUCCAGCGGCCGUUUUCUUUCGUGUUUUCUUGUGUCUGCUGCGGGGCCUGUUUCUCUAUCUGCGAACAGUUUGAAAGCCACGCAGAAGCGACGGGGAAAGCGGCGGAACACCGGGAGGCAGGGAGGCCGCACCCUCGGGACAAUGGGGAGACGGGAAAGAGUGGAAAGACGAAAAAGGCGGGAAAGUCUGCACAGACUGCGAGAGUUGGGAGGGCUAGGGAAGCCGGUAAGGCUGCGGCGGCUGAGAGGACUGAAAAACUGAAAAGGCUAAGUCCAUGCGAAAGGCUGAGAAAACUGGAAAAGCCGGGAAGGCUGGAAACCCGGGAAAGCGGGGAAACAGAUUGAAAAGCUGCAAAGCUUGAAAAUGCUGAGACAGCUGGAAAGACUGGGACGACUGGGAAGCCGGAAAGGACCGCGGGGACAAAUGGGGGUGGGUAGCUGAAAAGACUGGGAAGUCGGGGAAGGUUGAGGAAAGUCAGACGGGUGGGGAAAGUCAGCCGGGACACUAAGAGACCGGAAGCCGGGAAGGCUGGGAAGGUGGGGUGCUGGCAGGCUAAGGACUGGGAGACUGGGCUGGCAGGCUGGCAGGCUAGGAAGCUACGGACUGGGAGGUGGGGAGGCAGGGAGACUGGGAGUGCGGGAGGCUGGGAGACCCGGAGACCGGGAAGCCGGGGAACCAACCGGGGAGCCGGGAAACCGGGAAGCCCUGGAGUGGUUUCGGGUAAGGGUGCGCCGGGAGUGGUUUUGGGUAAGGGUGUCGCUCGAGUGGUUUCGGGUAAGGGUGUCCCUGCAGUGGUUUCGGGUAAGGGUAUCCCCGGAGUGGUUUCGCAUAGGGGUUUCCUUAGAGUGGUUUCGCAUAAGGGUGCGCGGGGGGUGAUUUGGGUGCUUCACGGUUUCAGUGCUUUCAGGCAUUUUCCACCUUUCCCGCAUCUAUAUACAAGUUGGCAGGUCAUGUCGCCACAAUUCAUUGAGCAACGAGGAGCAACGCAAAGGAAUUGAGUCCGAGAAAGCAAGGGCGCGCACAGCCGAGCAAAAAGAGGCCACACCACCCCGGCCCACGGUCCAUAGGUCUCAAAGGGCCCGGGAGAUGGAGGCCCGCCUGGUAAACUCCUGGCCUGUGAGCGUGAAAGCGCAUCGCUCAGUGUGCUGACCAAAGGGGUGCGUGAUGAUCCCGGGGGCACCGAGAAAAGGGCAGGCCCGGAAGAAAAAGGCCGACGGCCGGGAAAAAGCGCCGUCUGAGGUAUGAAGGGGAGCUGGGAGAAGUCAAGAGGAGAAAGGGAGACAGGCGUGGGAGAGGAAACCGGGAAAAAAGGGAAACCGGGAAAAAAGGGAACCCGGGAAAAGGGAAACCGGGGAAAAGGGGGGACCGGGAAAAAGGGGGGACCGGGGUAAAAGGGAAACCGGGAAAAAAGGGAAAACCGGGGAAAAAGGGGAAACCGGGGAAAGAGAGGAAACCGGGAAAAAAGAAAGACCGGAAAAUAAGGGGGGCCGGAAAAAAAGGGAAACCGGGAAAAAAGGGAAACCGGAAAAAAAGGGAAACUGAGAAAAAAGGGAAACCGGGAAAAAAGGGAAACCGGGAAAAAAGGGAACCGGGAAAAAAGGAAAACCGGGAAAAAAGGGAAACCGGGAAAAGGGAAAGAGAAGCCGGGAAAAGAGAAACCGAGAAAAGGGAAGCCGGAGAAAGAGAAUCCGGUAAAAGAGAGGCCGGGAAAUGAGAAGCCGCCCGAGAAAAGGGAAACCGGAAAAAGAGAAACCGGGAAAAGAGAAACCGGGAAAAGGGAAGCCGGGAAAAAAGAAACCGAGAAAAGGGAAGCCGGAAAAAGAGACGCCGGGAAAAGAGAAGCCGGGAAUGAAAGGAGAAACCGAGAAGAGGGAGACCGGGAAAAGAGAAACCGGGAAAAAAGAAACCGGGAAAAGGGAAACCGGAAAAAGAGAAACCGGGAAAAGAGAAGCCGAGAAAGGGAAACAGAAGUCGGGAAAAGGCCACAGGGGCCGAGAAACAAAAGAAAGGGCAGACCGAGAAAAGAGAGACCGAAAAAAGAGAAACCGGGAAAAGAAUCACCGGGAAAAGGGAAACCGAGAAAAAAGAAAACGAAAAAGAAAGCCGAAAAAAGAAAAGAGAAACCAAGAAAAGAAAAGAAAGGCCGGGAAAAGAAAAGAAACGCCGAGAACAGAAAAAGGUAUGUAACCGAGAAAAGAGAAACAGAGAAAAGGGAAACCGGGAAAAGAGAAACCGAGAAUCCCGAUUCUCGGUUUGCGCUUCUCGGUUUCCGAUUCCCGGUUUCCGAUUCCCGGUUUCCGAUUCCCGGCGUCCGAUUCUCGGUUUCCGAGAAAAGAGAAACCGAGAAGAGAAAAGAGAAACAAAGAAAAGAAAAACAUCAGACAAAAGAGCAACCGAGAAAAGACAGACCGAGGCUCUGGAUUUCCGGUUUCCGAUUCUCGGUCUCCGAUUGUGAUACGAAGGGAUCUGUGUUACUGUCGUAUCAAAGUUUGCGAGAAGGAGAGAACAGGGAGCACGCUUCUGCCGGCGCGCUUUGGCGCCACUGCGCUCUGCUCGUCUUUGCAUAAUUCCUUCCCAUGUUGUGUGCAGAUGUUUGUCAUUUUUGCAUUUACUGUUCCCCGCGUGCGGCUGGCGCCGCGGGGCUAAAGUCCUAGUUUAAAUCUAGACGCGCGUCAAAGAUGUGUUGUCUUUUGCAGCCAUUCCGCCAUGCUCUUUGGCAUUGCGGCUCUUGUCGCUACUCAGCACGCUCCUAAACACUCCUCCAUGUCCCACUCUCGCAAUGAAGAGGCGCGAACAGCGUGUCCUCUUCACAUCCGAUUCCCGGUUUCCGAGAAAAGAGAAGCGAGAAGAGAAAAGAGAAACAAAGAAAAGAAAAACAGAAAAAAGAGAAAGAAACCCAAACCGAGAAAAGACAAACCGAGACUCUGGAUUCCCGGUUCUCGAUUUCCGAUUCCCGGUUUCCGAUUCUCGGUUUCCGAUUCCCGGUUUCCAAGAAAAGAGAAAAGAGAAACAAAGAAAAGAAAAACAGACAAAAGAGAAACCGAGGAGAAAAGGCAAACCGAGAUUCUGGAUUCCCGGUUUCCGGAUCCCGAUUUCCGAUGUGGGAAAAGAAAAGAGAAACCGGCGAGAGAAAACAAAAAAGAGAAGCCGAAAAGACAAAAGAGAAACAAAGAAAAGAAAAACGGGCAAAAGAGAAACCGAGAAAAGAGAGACCGAGACUUCCGGUUCUCGGUUUUCGGUUUUGCGUUGCUCCAUUCGGCUCAUUUUUUCCCCGGCCAUGGAUUAACUUGAUAUUAGUAAAACUUUCCAGACCCAGAUCGAUAUUUGCAAGGCAUACAGGGUGGGGCGGACACGACAAAGACCCGAUAACGUCUGACGGCGUGAUUCUUAUCGACAAGGGUGAAACCAAUGUCAAAGCGGACUACUCGUACUGGAAAACGGAACUGGGAUGGGACGCCGACGACCGAGAUGAUGUUGAGUUUGAGAUGAGCUGUGACGCGUACGACCCCGAUGGGAAACUGUCAGACUCGAGUGAAUACCCAGCACAUGUGGAGACAUGGGAAAAAGGUGAUACGAAGUCCCUCGCGCACGGGUAUUGGAGCGGCAGCCGAGGCGACCUCCUGCGUGUCCUAUGGCAGCCGAGGCUGGAUAUGUUCACUGGCGGGGGCGGAGAAGUGAUUCUGCAGUCCUACGUGUGUGUAUCGCGAGAAAAAGUUGUGGUCUACUCAGGCUCAGAACUUCUUUGCAGAUUCAGGAGCUGCACGGCUUGACAGCCAAAACCUGUGAAGAUACAAGUUCGCCUUCUUGGCAACUCGAGCAUGACAAGAAAAAACUGUCUCAAGGAAUGAAAAUAAAAUGUUGUCCUUCGCAUUACAAGAUGAUCCUGAUGAAGAGCAGACGCUUUUUAUCCCUUGCGAUAGUGUGACGAACGUUCUGCAGGCUUGCACGGCUGGGACGCUGAGACUCCCGCGUCGAAUGCCGGGUCCGGGGGCGGUGGGGGGUCUUCAGCACGAAGACGAGGAGUCGGCGCAA